UCUGAAUGUGCGUGGUGACAAAAUGUGCAGAUUUUAAAUGCAUCUAAAAGUGAUUGACAGUGAGCUGAUCUAGGAUUUUUUUGGUUUCCUGGAAAAAGAUAAAAGUUUCACAAAUGCCUAUGCUUACAUGCAGCAGCGCCAGUCCAGUAGACAUGGAGUGGUCUGGCGAUGGAGAAAACACAGAUUACAGCACUUCAUCAUCACCAAAUGUUGGACGAUCCGGUCAAAAUCAGGACCCGGACUCGCUUUCCGACGACGACGACUUCUCUGAUGAAUUUUCAGUUAUAGAUAGCGACGACGAGAAAAGGGUUGACGUUCGGUACUCCUCCCAUCACAUGGUACAGACCCCUGUGGAGACACCGGUAAGAGGGGUGGUAAAGAAAAUAUUUACUAACAGCAGGGAAAGAUGGAGGCAGCAGAACGUUAGUGGAGCAUUUGCUGAACUUAGAAAACUAGUACCAACUCAUCCUCCAGAUAAGAAGUUGUCCAAAAAUGAAAUUUUAAGGAUGGCGAUAAGAUAUAUAAGACUACUGACAAACGUCCUGGAAUGGCAGCAGACAAACACAGGUCCCAUCCAAGUUAGCGUGAAGUGCGAGGAUGUGGUAUCAAUCACAAGACACCAAAGCAUCAUAUCCGGAUCCCAUACGCUCAGAACAAGGGCAAGAUUGCGUCGUAAUAUGAUGAAUCAACCACUACCACUUUGCGACCGCAAUGGAAAUAAUUUGUUGAUGAUAGCGCCCAAUAAUCAUUUGCCCUUUAGAAGAGCAUCCUUAUUCAUCGAGUUACCCACGCGUCAUAACCACAGUAAAAUAAAAAUGGAAUCGGAUGACGUUGUCAAAGAUAAAGAUGAGGAUAGAGAAAAUGACGGGAAGCCGAUAAAUUUGAAAGAUAAAUGAAUCGCUUCCGUUUAAUGUGAUACUAAGCGGUUUUGUUGUUAUUUUUGUUAGGUGUACUAUGUAGAUCUAAAAUACAUGCGAUUUAUAUUUAUUAGACAUACAUAUACGGGGUGUUGUUGCUAUAAAUUUUCUGGACUGAAUCUGAUUUGCAAAACAAAUUGAUGUCACUGAUUAAUUUUUGUUUAAGUUUCGUAGGUAGGUUAACAUUACCAACAGAAAAAUUGGAUGUAUCUUAAAUAGAGAAUUAAACUUUGAACUGGA